AGUGACUGUGCCCGGGUCCCUGUAAAGAUGUCUGAGCAGGCGGGGAGGGAGCGGAGCGGACGACUGAAAAGCAGCGCGGAGAAGCCCCAACUGUCUGCUGUUUCACCACGCAAGGUCCACAUGAUUGUGAUGAACAGCUGAAAUGUCCAAUAACAGCCAGGGAUCUGUGAAGGGGGAGGCGGCCACCAUGGUGCCACCCUCUGGCUCCGCCUCCUCUCACGGACCGCCCCUUUCUCCGUCCACCACCUCCAAAUCACCUGAGCUUCCAGAUGAGUUGGUCCAGGCUGGAUGGUCCAAGUGUUGGUCCAGGAGGGAGAACCGGCCCUACUACUUCAACAGAUUCACCAAUCAGAGCCUGUGGGAGGUGCCUGUGCUGGGUCAGCAUGAUGUCAUCUCUGACCCGCUGGGUUUGAACGCAGCUCCUGCAGAGGCAGGAGAUGGUAACCUUGGAAACGGCCAGAGGAAGAGGAGGAGCUCUGAGGAGCAGGGGGCGGGGCCUAACAGUUUCAAAAGAACAAAGUUGUGUUUACAGGUGGAGCCGACCACACCCAUCUCUCCCAGCACACCUGGCGUCAAACCGUGGAGCUCGGCCCCCGAGGAGAAGCAGGUUCCAGCGACGACGCCCACCACGCCCAGCCCGGCGCCGGCCCCCUACCGACCGGCCGUGAUCUACUGGGAUCUGGACGUCCAGACCAACGCGGUGAUCAGAGAGCGCUCGGCAGCCAAUCACCUGCCGCCGCACCCCGAGAUCGAGCUGCAGCGGGCUCAGCUGGUAACUAAGCUGCGGCAGCACUACCACGAGCUGUGCCACCAGCGAGAAGGCAUCGACCCGCCGCGGGAAUCCUUCAACCGAUGGCUGUUGGAGAGGAAGGUGAUCGAUAAAGGCCUGGACCCGCUGCUGCCCAGCGAGUGUGAGCCCGUCGUCUCGCCGUCCAUGUUCCGGGAGGUCAUGAACGACAUUCCCAUCAGGUUGUCCCGUAUCAAGUACAAGGAGGAGGCUCGGAAACUCCUGUUUAAAUACGCCGAGGCAGCAAAGAGGAUGAUCGACUCUAGGAAUGCGAGUCCAGAGAGCAGGAAGGUGGUGAAGUGGAACGCCGAGGAUACGAUGAACUGGCUGCGCAGAGAUCACUCUGCCAGCAAGGAGGACUACAUGGACCGCCUGGAACACCUGAGGCAGCAGUGCGGGCCACAUGUUACGGCCGUCGCCAAAGACUCUGUGGAAGGAAUCUGCUCCAAGAUCUACCAGCUGUCGGCCGAAUACAGCCGCCGCCUGAGGCAGACGCACCUGAGCCUGCUGCAGGACCCCUCCACAGAGACGUGCGCGUCGCCGCCCCAGUCACGGCUCGUCUACUGCUACCCGGUCCGGCUGUCGAUCCCGACCCCCGCCCUGCCCCGCGUGGAGCUGCACUUCGAGAACGACGUGGCCUGCCUCCGCUUCAGAGGAGAGAUGGUUAAGGUCAACCGGGGACACUUCAGCAAGCUGGAGCUGCUGUACAGGUACAGCUGCAUCGAUGACCCUCGCUUUGAGAAGUUCCUGGCCCGAGUUUGGUGCCUCCUGAAGCGAUACCAGGUGAUGUUUGGCAGCGGUGCUAACGAGGGCAGCGGCCUGCAGGGGGCGCUGCCGGUGGCGGUGUUUGAGGCAUUGAACCGGCAGUUCGGCGUCACCUUCGAGUGUUUCGCCUCGCCGCUCAACUGCUACUUUAAGCAGUUCUGCUCCGCCUUCCCCGACAUCGACGGCUUCUUUGGGUCCAGAGGGCCGUUCCUGUCCUUCAGCCCGGUCAGCGGCUCGUUCGAAGCCAACCCGCCGUUCUGCGAGGAGCUGAUGGACGCCAUGGUGACGCACUUCGAGGAACUGUUGGAUCGGUCUUCCGAGCCACUGUCCUUCAUCGUCUUUGUUCCUGAGUGGCGCGACCCAGUGACGCCGGCGCUGACCCGAAUGGAGGCCAGCCGGUUCCUGCGGCACCAGCUGAACGUCCCGGCCUACGAACACGAGUACCGCUCCGGGAGCCAGCACAUCUGCAAGCGGGACGACAUGUACUACCGGGCCGUCCACGGCACCGCCGUGCUCUUCCUCCAGAACGACGCUGGCUUCGGAAAGUGGGCUCCGACUCCGGAGCGUCUGGCGGAGCUGACGGCGGCGUACCGCCCCUCUCUGUCUCGCACUUCCUCCUUGUCGUCCCCUGGCCCCGCCCAGUCCGCCCCUGGAGACAGAGACUCCGCCCCUAAGGCCUCUGAUAGGACACAGAGCGCGAUGAUGUCACCUGGCGGCCAUGACAGCAACAACAACGGCAGCAGCAGCAGUAGCAGCCCUCAGGACAAGCUCACUGCGAUGUAGAGGGGCGUGGCCACUGCAGGCCACGCCCCUAAUGUAAAUGUGUGUUUACGAACAUCACCAGUCCCUCACCAGCACCUGUAGCACAUCCUCACCUCUUAUUGGUAAUCUACCACCGCCAUCAGGGGGCGGAGCCUCAUUUAAACUUCACUACGUCUCUUUAGUCUGUUGGCUGCUCUGAUUGGUUGAAGCUCACCUGAAGCUGAAUGAUGUCAGCGUCUGAACUGCUUCAGAGUUCCAGCAGUAAAAUCCACCUGAGGGGCGUCCCCUAAUUGGUUGUUAUGGCAGCUAUCAUGUCUGGGACCCGGGCCCUAUAGCAGGGGGCGUGGCCUCGGUAGCAGAGGGGCGGGGCAUCAGGUAAUCCUGAAACUGUGACAAGUAGUCAUGGAAACGAUCUUUCAGUCCCAAUCCAGUUCUGUGAUUCACACGAGAUUAGAAAAUACAAGCUGUUAAGGUGAGCUUUAGUCUGACCCAGUUUAAUUCAUACCAGAUUAAUCUGGAUUAAACCAGAUUAAUCUGGAUUAAACCAGAUUUAUCUGGUGUGAAUUAAACCAAAUUAAUCCAGUUUAAUCUGGUGACCUCUCUAAUCUAGUUUGGUUCAGUUCAGUUUUUUUUUAAAAAUUUGUUUUGAUUUCUUUGAUCCAUUACAAUCUGGUUAGAUCCAGUCUGAUCUAGUUUGAUUUGUUUGGACCUACUCUAAUCUGGUUCAUGUUUGUUAGAUCCAGUAUGUACAGGCUUUGGCCAAAUAAAUCUGGUAUGAAGGGAUUUGGGUUGUGUUGGGAUGGGAUAUAACCAGAUUAAUCUGGUUUAAUCCAGUUUAAUCAAGUGAACUCUAAUCCAGUUUAAUUCACACCAGGUUAAUCUGGAUUAAACCUGAUUAAUCUGGUGUGAAUUAAACCAAAUUAGUCCAGUUUAAUCUGGUGACCUCUCUAAUCUAGUUUGGUUCAGUUCAGCAUUUUUUUUAUUUAAUCUGGUUUGAUUUCUUUGAUCCAUUACAAUCUGGUUAGAUCCAGUCUGAUCUACUUUGAUUUGGUUGGACCUAAUGUAAUCUGGUUCAUGUUUGUUAGAUCCAGUAUAUUCUGAUUUAAUCUAGAUAAAUCUGGUCUGAAGAGGUCUGGGUUCUGUAGGGAUGGGUUAGUCUGGAUUAAUCUGGAUAGAACCAGUUUUAUCUGGUUUAAACCGGUUUUGUCUGAACGUGUCCAUCUUUAAUAGGAAGAAAGCUGACUCCUCCCACUUCUGAGUGCUCUCUGAUUGGCUGGUGGUGGACCUAUCAGGCGCCUGUCUGUGUGUAGAUAGUGUACAGCUGGACUGAUUUGAGGUCUGUUGAUGUUUUGCUGUUGAUCAGUUUUUAUUUGGUCUAAUUUAACCUUUUUAAAGAGAUGAAAUGUGUUUGUGUGUUUUAACCGAACCAAAGUGUUUAUGAUGUAUAUGAGUGUGUACAGUAGAGCCGCGUAUGACAGCUGGGCUCCUCCUGCUCUGCAUGAACCCGCUGGAGGAAGUUCAGACCUGGACUAGGUGGUCUCCUCCGGGGUCCUUCCAGCUUCAGUGUAAAUUCAGUCUGUCCUUCGUACUGCCUGCAGAAAACCUGCAGCUUCUCUCCUAGUAAAAAUAUAUCCAGCCCAGUA